AUGGAACCUGCCACGGAAGAAGAUGCAGAGUCUAUGGGUGGCUUUGAAGAGGCUCUCCUUGACGAGAGAGAAUAUAUCGUAAUAUCCAAGGGAUAUAUCACCUGUGAUGAUGACAUGGAGAUUGUGGACGCCGAUGGCAUGGAAGCUGUCUCUGAUGAGGGCAUGGGAGAUGCCACUGAUGAUUAUAUGGAAACUGUUGCCGAUGAUGGGAUGGAAGAUGUUGCCGAUGAUGGAAUGGAGACAGUCACCGACGACGGCAUUCGAGAGCGUUUUCAGCUGUUUUUCAGCAUUCAUCCAGACUUGAAACCAGAUGAGUUGGUCAACAUCCUCAAAGGUUCUGGCUGGAAUGAGAGGGUUACGCUUCGAAAAGUAUACGAACUCAGAAAUGGAUAUGACCCAUGCCCUUCGAAAAACCGUUUGCCCACAAGAACACUCGAUUCCGACCCCGGUUUAGCUCCAAGUGCAAGUAGUGCAACCAUUGGACAUAAUGGAAGUACGGAGAAUCUGAAUGGAGAACCCCCAGGUGUUCGAAGCCCGAUAGUCAUCGACGAUGACAGCUCAGAUGGCGAACACUACCGAGGUGAGGGAAAGUCUAAUAUACUUGGUUACGAAAAUUCCUCGGAGAACAGUUCUUUAGAGGAUGACGAUGAGCCAUUCGUUCGUGUCCGAACGCCGAGAGUAUCAAGGGUUCGUGCACCCCACCAGCGCCCUUCAGGAGAUGACAAAGCCACCGAACAUACAACCGUGACCAGAUGGAUCGGAAGAUUGGUUGGCGGAUUAUAUGUGAAGACGCUACUGGUUUGCAAUGGAGAUGAUGCUCUGAAUCAGAAAGGAGGUCUCAUGGAAUCAUACGUUCAGAAAGGCAAGUUGGGUGGUCUUAUUGAUAUGACCGUCAAUAGAGACAAGCUACGGGAACAAGGCUGGACGGGGAGGGAUUAUACUGACAAAGUCGAGCUGAUACCCCCAGUUAAGUGGGUUGACAAGAAACUAUCGAAGUUUUAUGGAGCUGCUUUCAUUGACAAAGAUCGGUUUCUCCCCGGGGAUUGUAUUACGGUGCGUGCAGGGAUUGAUGAUCGAGAUCACCUCACUGCCAACGGCAAACUGAAACAGAAUAUUAAGGAGACAGCUGCGAGGGUCUGGUUUGCACGAAUUGUCAACAUAUUCGCCAAUAAGAGUGGGGACCCCAUGGCUCAUGUCCGAUGGUUUUCUCAUGGAGGUGACACAUUUCUUGAUGAAACUGCCGGCCCAAAAGAGCUAUUCCUACUCGACCGCUGCGAUGAUAUUGAUAUGAGCACAAUUGCUGGCAAAGUAAAUGUGGAGAGAUGCACUCAAAUUGGUCCUUCAGAAGAAAGCGACCAUUUUAAGAAGCCAAACUGCUAUUUCUAUCGAUUCUUCUAUGAUGAUGACGAAACCACGCCCGUAAGAUUUGAAGAUGCUAGUUUCCACGAAGAAAAUAUCAAGCUUGCAGGCACAGAGCACUCUCAACUUUGCUUCUGCUGCGCCAGACGCGAAGAGAUACAACAUGAGCUCUCUACGAGGGUAACAGGCACAAUCGACGAAGACCGCUCAGCAACCAGCUUCUCACACGACGGUAUUGAAUACAAGCUCAAUGAUUGUGUCUAUAUGCUCCCAAGGGCGUCCGACGAGCCUCAUACGAUCGGUCAAAUCAUUCACAUCAAAUGCACAGGGGGAUUUAAUUGGGCUGUGAAAGAUCCUUCUAAACUUCGAGACUCAGUGCAAGGUAUCCAUAUCACCAUACAGAUACUCAGAAGGUAUGAUGACUUCAACAGCGAUUAUCGGACUGAAUUCAAGAGUGGCGAAAAACACGCCAUUCGGGACAGUCGCAGACUGUAUCUCACUAAUAGGAGGAAAACGAUCGACGUCGACGAUAAGCUGCUUGGAAAGUGCCAAGUUGUGCAUCCAAGCAGAGUUAAUAAUCUCGCGAAAUAUAAGGACCUGGAAGAUACAUUCUAUGUGACCGACAGAGAGCCUGAUUGUUUCGAUGGAACAACGACGAGAAGAGCAUUUGAUAUCGAAGACCUUCAGCCGCUUAAUGCUGAGGAUUUUCAUGAUUCCGUCGACGGAAACGUAAUGGUUGGAACGGAGGAGAAGCGACAGGAGGCAUUCUCAAAAGCUGGCCUCAAGCUCCGAGCGAUGGAUGUGUUUGCCGGUUGUGGCGGCCUCUCUUCUGGGCUGCAUGAAGGUGGCGCUGUGGAGACACUUUACGGCAUUGAAUGGGAUAUCGAUGCCAGUCGAACUCUCAAGAGAAACUUUCCACGUAUGAAAGUAUACAAUGAGAAUGCGAACACGUUGCUACAGAGAGCUAUCCAGGAAGAACGAGGAACAGCAACUGGCGUCAUGAAAGACCUCCAGGGAAAGCCGAUGCCCCCUAUGCCCAAACGUGGCGAUAUUGACUUCUUGUACGGUGGUCCACCUUGCCAGGAUUUCUCAGGGUGCAAUCGAUGUCCCAAGGCAAAUUCGAUCAAGAAUUCAUUACUGACGACAUUCUUAUCCUAUGUGGACCACUAUGGACCGAAAUACUUCCUGCUGGAGAAUGUCCGUGGGCUACUACAACAUCGACUGGGUAGUACCCAGAAAAAGUCCGGCCCCGGUGUCCAGGGGGGCAUCCAACAAGGUAGCGUGAAGUUCAUUCUCCGAGCACUUACAUCUCUGGGUUACUCAGCUCAGUUUCAUAUGCUGCAAGCCGCAGAACAUGGCGCGCCCCAAUCCCGGCGACGAGUAUUUUUCUGGGGUGCCUUGUUGGGCCGUAAAUUGCCUUUAUAUCCGCAGCCAACCCAUGUUUGCAAAGGUCUUUCAGCUCCAACCAAUACGUUCACCAUGGGAAGAACUGCGCCUCAUAAUCCAGUCACAGUUGGAGAUGCAAUUUUCGACUUGCCAGCUUUUGAUUGGAGAAUUAAAGUGCCUGGCGAAGACCGUCAAGCUCGACGCCAACGGGAAUUGGGGAUACCAACAAUUGAGGUGCCUUCAGAUGGAAAGGCGCCAAUUGGGGAUAACAGAGCUGUGUACGCCUAUGGACCGAUUGCAGAAUUUCAACGAGAAGUACGCCGUUAUGUCAAGGGGGAUAUUGUCAAGAACCACGUUACUCGCCAAUGGGGCUCUCAGACAAUGUUGCGGCUCGCCCGUAUUCCAAUGAGACCGCAAGCAAACCAUAACGAUUUGCCCCUUGAGCACGAUAUGGCAUGCUUGCGUAAUAAAAGAGCUUCAAAGAGUAACUUCUACCCGAAUCGCUAUUAUCGGUUGGACUUUAAAGAGCAAUUUCAGACUUGCCUGACAAACGUUGACCCAGGCGGCGAGAAUGGCAAGAUCUUACAUCCAACCCAACGCCGAAUUCUUACGGUCAGAGAGUUUGCCAGGGCCCAAGGGUUUCUGGACACGUUUACAUGGGAUCCCAACACCCAGCCUCCAAGUGCCAUGUACAAGCAGAUUGGCAAUGCUGUCUCUCUGCAACACGGAAGGGCUCUUGGAAAGGAGCUUUUCAAUGCUCUCUACGCCCAAUGGGAAUCUGAAAAAGCAGCAAAUGGCGAAGAAACGUUUCCAGCAGUAGAUCCUGGCGAUAGUGAUGAGUUUGAGGGGUUCGAUGAUGAUGUUGAAAUGAAAGAUACCAAACCGGAUGACGGCUGGGCAAGCAAAGAGCCGAUUGUUAUUUCAGACAGCGAAUAG